AUGUUCGACGCCUUGGACGAAGAGAAGGAGGGUACCAUCGACGGGCCCCGGCAGAUCACAAAUGCCCUCGACCGGCAGCAGGAGUUGUUCCAAGCUGCCCGGCGAAACCCUGGGGGUUCGGAGGCUACGCCUGUCGGCCAAGGACCUUCCAUCAACCCGAGAGGUUAUUGGCCUCCCGAGGAGAGCUUUGGAGCCGAGCUCUUCUUGGCAGAGCUCAAGGCACCUCGUGGGCUUAUUGAGUGCCCCACUUCUAAGGACGCUUACGAGCGUGCCCUGGGCCAGGGGUUCAUAUCAUCGACGCUUUUGAUGGUAUCUCUGAUCCUGAUACAGUGCAAAUUUUGCUUUGGAGUGUUAUCAUUUGAUCCUGAUCCAGCCUGA